AUGCAGCUGGAGAUUCUGGAAACUACCAUCUGCAUAUUGUGUUUAGAGUACAAAGAGCGUAUGCCGUGUGAUAGUGAAGGGUCACUGAAUAAAAUCGUCAGCAUUUUGUGUCGGCAUUUUUGGUUCGACCAACAGGUCGCCCGAAAUCAGUUUGUUUGUAGGAAUUGUUGGCGACACGUGGAAGAAUUUCAGCGAUUCUACAAGAAAGUACUUCGGUUGCAUGCAAGGGCAGAGAUCAAGCAGAACUCGGCACACUCCUCGCUUCUCCACGCACCAAAACAUGAGGAGUUAAAUAUUCGAGAGAAUACAAAUGUUAAGCGACCUGUGAACCAGUUAGGGCUUGUUUCCGACCUAAUAAAGGAUUCCCCGGAGGUAUAUCCCAUCGAUUAUGCAGUUGCGAAUGAGCCAGCUGUCUAUAGCAACAGUGAACCGACUCGUAGAAUCGAUAGAACGGUUUCAUACGAUUAUUGUGGUGGUUUGACAAAUAUGUGUUGUCGCUUGAAAUGUGCCGAAUGUGGUAUGACCUGCACAACUGUCUCAACACUUAGGACACAUCUUCGCACAGUUCAUAAUAUGAGAAUAUUUAUGGAUUGCUGUGGCCGACACUUCCGCCAGCAUACUCGUCCGCAGAACUAUGCAAAGCACAAUAUUAAUACAAAAACCAUAACCGACAAAGCUUAUUACAAGUGUGAGGACUGCGAUCGUAACUUCACAACAUAUGGCGAACUGAGCAUUCACCGCGAGCAGCAUAAACAAGAGCAACAACUUCAAAAGUCUCCUCAGUGCUCAGAGUGUUCCAAAAGUUUCGCUUCUGAAGCUUCCGUCAAGCGACACAUGGAAACCGUGCAUGGCCCCGAAAGGUAUAUCUGCGAUGUGUGCUCGAAAGCGUUCAAAGCCUUAGCCCAGCUUCGGCAUCAUCAAAAAAUUCAUCAUGAGCCCUCUCGUGGGGUGGAAUGUAAAAUUUGUCGUAAAUGGUUGAAGAAUUUGCCCAACCUCAGCAAGCACAUGCAGAGACAUGGUAGUAGUGCAAAACAGAAUAUUUGUGACAUAUGCGGUAAGACCUCACCUAAUGCUUCGGCUCUAAAAGCCCACAAAAAGUUUGUGCAUAUGAAGGAGAAGUCUUUUCUGUGUGCUAUUUGCGGAAAAGCUUUCAAGCGAGCGGUCACACUCAAGGAACAUUUAACUACACAUACCGGUGGUUUUCUGUACAGCUGCCCAUACUGUUCGAAAAAGUUUAACUCGAAUGCCAACAUGCAUUCGCAUAAGAAAAAGAUGCAUCCUUCGGAAUGGGAACACAGUCGCAAGCAGUACGAGAAUCGCUUCAAGGAAGUAAGUUGA